UCUCAUGGAGAAUCCGAAGGUCCGUUGUUGGGCACAGUAGUAGCUCGUUCCCGAGUCGCACUCUAGCACGGACGGUCUUCCCCGCAUCUCAACUCCUAUUUAAACGGCCAUCUUAUCAUCAACUUAUCCCCUCCGCAUACUUCAAGUUAGAUAAUUGCAUACUCGGAGAAUACAAGAGGCACAAUGUCCACAAAACCUUUUGAGCGAGAUCCUGAAAAGGAUGGUAAUUAUGGUGGAUCAUCCCCCAAGAACGGCGACGACCAACUAGUAUUCGACGGCGCCGAAGAGCAACAAAAGGGAACUAUAUUGACACGCAUUGUCGACAGUUUUAAGCGGGACCCCACAACCAAAAGCACCCAUACUUUCAAGGCCGAGGGCAGCGGUUUCGAUCAUGAGGGUGCCGCGCAGCGCACUGCCAACUCUGGCCUCGCUCGUAAGCUCAAGGGCAGGCAUCUGCAAAUGAUUGCCAUUGGUGGUUCAAUUGGUACUGGCCUUUUCGUUACAUCUGGCGCUGCGCUUUCCAGGGGUGGACCUGCAUCUCUGAUCAUUGCAUAUGGAAUCAUUGGCAUCAUGUUGUUCUGCACAGUUCAGGCUCUCGGCGAGCUGGCAGUUAUUUUCCCUGUAGCCGGAUCUUUCUCUGCGUAUUCCACACGGUUUAUUGAUCCUGCUUGGGGUUUCGCCAUGGGAUUGAACUAUGCCAUGCAGUGGUUGGUCGUUCUUCCGCUCGAAAUUGUCGCCGCUUCCAUCACCGUAUCUUUUUGGCCAGGAGCUGCGGACACCAACUCUGCCGCAUGGGUCACCAUUUUCUUCGUAUUGAUUGUUUCAAUAAACUUAUUUGGCGUUCGAGGAUACGGCGAGGCUGAAUUCGUCUUCUCUAUUAUCAAGGUCAUCGCUGUUAUUGGCUUCAUCGUAUUGGGUAUAGUCCUCAACUGCGGUGGUGGCCCCGUUGGUGGCUAUAUUGGCAACAGGUAUUGGAAGACCGACAACGUCCCAGCAGACUACCAAGGAUACACCCAGAGCUCCAAAAACCUACCUGGAUCAAUCCAUUCUGGCCCUUUCAACAAUGGAUUCAAGGGACUUUGUAGCGUUUUUGUCACAGCCGCCUUCUCCUUCGCUGGAACUGAGCUUGUUGGUUUGGCCGCUGCUGAAGCUGGUAACCCGCGCAAGACCCUCCCAAUCGCUAUCAAGCAGGUGUUCUGGCGUAUCUGCCUCUUUUACAUGGUCGCAUUGACCGUCGUGUCACUCUUGGUUCCAUACGGAGACUCCAGACUCCUCGGCACUGGUUCUACUGAUGCCAAGGCCUCACCUUUCGUCAUCGCCAUAGAAAACGCCUCAAUCGCCGUUCUGCCAUCGAUAAUGAACGUUGUAGUACUCAUUUCCGUUCUGUCCGUCGGUAAUUCCGCCGUGUAUGGCUCGUCCCGUACUCUCGCCGCUCUCGCAGAACAAAACCAAGCGCCACGUAUCCUGGCAUACAUUGACCGCAAAGGGCGCCCAAUAGUCGCCAUAGGGGUUUCAUCGAUCGUCGGUCUCCUCUGCUACGUCGUCGCUGGUGGACCACAAACGUCCAACACCGCUCUCAACUGGCUAUACUCCCUCUCUGGGCUCUCUUCCAUCUUCACAUGGGGUUCCAUCUGCCUCGCUCAUAUUCGCUUCCGCUCUGCGUGGAAAAAGCAAGGUCAUUCUCUCGACGAGCUCGCAUUCCGCUCCCAAGUCGGCGUCUAUGGGUCCUGGCUCGGCCUUAUCCUCAAUUGCCUCGUGCUCGUUGCUCAAUUCUGGACUGCCGUCUGGCCUAUUGGCUGGAAGCAGAUGACCUCCAACGAGAUCGCUGAGAAUUUCUUCUUGGCAUACCUUGCGGCGCCUGUCGUGUUGCUCUGCUACUUCCCAUACAAGUUCUACUUCAAGACACCGUUCAUGCGCACGCACAAUAUGGACUUGGUUACUGGUCGUCGUGCGCUCGAUACUGCUGAACUGAUUGAGGAAGAGAUGCUGGAGAAGAAGGCGUGGCCUAAGUGGAAGAAAGCGUACAGGUAUAUAUGUUAGGUUCAUGCUUUAGCUUUAAGUGUGGUGGAGUUUUUCAAAAUGGAGACUCCAGAUGUUAGAUGGCUUCUGAAUCAUAUAUGAAACUAUGAGUUGUGUUAGUGUCCUUUAACGUUAUACGCGUCAAUGUAUUCUGCAAUCCUGGUGAGGUCGACGCACCCACUAUGCUGGAACCAUUUCCGCAACAUCAGGCCCCAUGUCCAAGGCCAGCCGCUAUUCCACCGAUAACCAUCCGUGUAGAGCUUGAAUCGAGACGGCGCUAGCGAUGGAAGAUCGAUCAUCUUCUCUAGGCACGAUAUGUGGAAAUACUCGAGGUUAUGGCUCACAAGGGCAAUUCUGUAAUCAGCCAUGAUCAGGCUAUCUCCUCUUAGCGACGUAUUUGUGAUAAAACAUUCGUUU